CCGCCAUCAUCUUGGCCACAAAAACUGCCCCUGGUCAAGACUACUAAACUUAUAAAGUAUUCCUUGCGAAUCAUACAAAGCACGACAUUACUGAAGACACACUCACUCUAGCAUCGUAACCCUCCUUGCAAAUUAAACUAAUGCGUGUAAGUUAGUGUCAGUUCGGCCACUAAUGCAGCCUGUACCGGAGAUCCAUGUCGGUGGGGUUCUUCGCUUUCGAGCAACACCCGACCCCGACGUCAACGAGAGAUGAUCAUUCUGGGCUGGGCCUCGGCGUCUAGCGCUCGGUGGUCCGAUGACCUAAUAAUUGGCCUGCACGCUAAGGCUGAGCGUGUAAGGUACCUUAUCUAAGGUACAUAAUGUUAUCUCUCGAGGGGGCGUUGCGUUUGGAGAUACCGCCAAAACUUUAUUGUUUGCGGGGGAGUGCGGAGGAAUGAGAAAACAAGACCAGAGGAUUUUUGCCCUUUUCUUACUUAGGCUGUCAGACGGGUUCGAUAGGGAAUCAUGGGAACUCGCUAAACGUCGAGCAAAUCAUCGCAGCCUCGCAGCUCAAGGCUAUAAAUAUUCAGCUGCGUCUCGUAGAACACUACCAGAAAAAAGGACAUCAACUAGAAUCACAUCACAUCAUCCAUUCUACAAGUUGCCCCACCAUGAGUAGUAAACCAUCUGUUCUCAUCAUCGGCGGAGGUGUCUUUGGAACCUCUACCGCAUACCAUCUCAUCCAGCGCGGCUACACCAACGUCACAGUGGUCGAUCGUUUCGAAGCCCCGUCUCGCGACUCAGCCGGCACUGACCUGAACAAGGUUAUCCGUGCAGACUAUCCCAACCCGUACUACGCCCAGCUCGGCCUCGAGACCCUUGCUGUGUGGAAAGAUCCAGACUCUCUCUUUGCGGGCCUGUAUCGCGAGUCGGGAUGGAUCAUGGGGGGUCAUGAGGAGACGAAUCAGUGGUUGGAGAACGCUAAGGAUUUGGCCGAGAGGAAGGGCAGACUGGGAGUGGAGUAUCUGGAUGUUGAGAGGAUCAGAGAGAAGUGGCCUGCGUUGACUGGGGAGUUUCCGAGCUGGACUAAUCUGUACAGCCCUCAGGCUGGUUGGGUCCCCUCAGGCCAAGCCCUUCUCCGCAUGGCCAAAGCUGCAGAGGGGAAUGGCGCAAAGUACAUCACCGGCCGUGCAGGCCAGAUCAAGCAGCUCCUACACGAGGACGGAACCUGCAAGGGUGCCGUAGCCGCUAACGGGGAGAUUCAUCGCGCCGACAAGGUCAUUGUUGCAGCUGGAGCAGGUCUCCCGGCUCUUGUCGAGGGAGCGAGAACUGAUGUCAGAGCGGAGACUUCGGUAAUCUGUGUGAUGAAGCUGGAGCCACAUGAGAUUGAAAAGUACAAGGACAUUCCCAUCAUUGACGACUUUGAGCAGGGCAUAAUCUUUCCUCCUGAUGAGAAUGGCCUCAUUAAACUAUGCAGUGUUCGGCUUGUGACCAACUAUUUCAACCAUGUGCACCCUGGUGCCUCAGUCUUGCAUUCGGUGGGUGACUAUCCUUUCGAUGGAUGCCCUAAGGAACUUGAAGUCGAGAUUCGAAAGUUUGUUCGAGAAAUGAUCCCUGAGCUCGCAGAUAGACCCUUUGUCCACACCCGUCAAUGCUGGGACGGCAUGGCCUCAGACCUCAACUUCCGCAUCUGCCCCUAUCCCGAAACAAAGAAUCUUUACAUAGCAACAGCUGGUUCAAAUCACGGCUUCAAGUUUCUCCCAAUCAUUGGAAAGUACGUAGUCGAUCUCCUCGAGGACUCCCUCGAUUCAGGUCUCAAGAAUCUCUGGAGCUGGAAAUUCGGAAAGAAGCCCGGUGAUUUCCAAGAUCCUCAUCCUUUUCCCCGCAGAGACCUGAACGAGUUGACGGGCUGGAAGGGCAGAAACGCUCCAGCGGAGGGAAAGCUGCCAUGGACGUGGAGCCGUAGUCGUCUGUAGUGGGGUGUAGAUGUAGUAGAUAGUUUACUCACAUCUCACGACUGGAAAUCUUUCAAAUCAAAAUAGAUCCGCUAGGGGAGGAAAGAAAACUCAGG